CGGAAAUUGCGACCUGGGCGGUGGUUUCAAGGGAAACGACCCUGACAACCAUGUCCGGAGAAUCACGACCUCCCUCUUCUCGUCCUUCCUCGAUCUCGUCGGUUGACGGCCAUCUAUGGUGUCGCCGGUAUGAUAGGAUGGCUGCUGCGAAGGUUUAGUUAGUAAUAGGCUGAUGUGGAGAUGUAUUUCUCCAUCCUUAUCAGGGGACGAGAAUCGCAAGUCCUGUUCACGCUACAUGGUCAUGAGUCUCGUUCUGUUUAGGUUUCGGCUGAUCUGAUCAACCCUAGCUAAUUUUUGCGGAAUUGGAUUGUCGAUCUGUUAAGUCGGCUGCUGGAUUGAUUGAUCCACCUGAGCGUCAGCUAAUUUCAGCUGAGUCCUGCUGAAAGUGUACAAUCAUUGGCAUGUUCGUGUUGGUUGGCUUUGAUUCAUAGGUUGGUGGAUUGAGAUCAUCUCGAGUUUGCUCGGAGAACUAUUUUUCCUGGCACUUGCUGAAUCUUGCAUGUUUUAUGUUUUUUCUUUACUCAUAUUAACCCUUCCCGAUGCACUUCUAUAUAUGCGCACAGGAUUGUAUAUAUGCAGACAGAUCUGUGCUCAUAAAUGAAUGCUGUGUUUCAUGGAUGAAUCCCACAGAUGCAGACUACUAGUACACAAUAGAGGCUGGUUACAACAUGGACAAACUGGCUGCAGGAGAAUGGCAGGAGGAUUCAGAGUGCUUCAUCUAGUUAGACCAUUUUUGGCUUUCUUGCCUGAAGUUCAGAGUGCUGAUCGUAAGAUUCCAUUCAGGGAAAAGGUUAUCUACACUGUUAUCUCGCUCUUUAUAUUUCUGGUCUGCAGCCAACUUCCACUUUAUGGCAUACACUCAACCACGGGAGCAGAUCCUUUUUACUGGAUGCGUGUUAUUCUCGCAUCAAAUCGUGGAACCGUUAUGGAGCUUGGAAUUACUCCAAUUGUGACUUCAGGAUUGGUGAUGCAGCUUCUGGUUGGUUCCAAGAUCAUUGAAGUCGACAACAGUGUACGAGAGGAUCGUGCUCUUUUAAAUGGUGCACAAAAAUUACUCGGCAUUCUAAUUGCUAUUGGAGAGGCAGUUGCAUAUGUUCUAUCUGGGAUGUAUGGCAGUGUCAGUCAACUAGGAACUGGGAAUGCUAUUCUUAUUAUACUUCAGCUUUUCUUCGCAGGCAUCAUUGUCAUCUGUUUGGAUGAACUUCUCCAGAAAGGAUAUGGUCUAGGAUCUGGUAUUUCUUUGUUCAUUGCUACCAAUAUCUGUGAAAAUAUCAUUUGGAAGGCAUUUAGCCCAACAACCAUCAACAGUGGGCGUGGUGCCGAAUUUGAAGGUGCUGUGAUCGCCUUAUUCCACCUACUGAUAACUCGUACAGAUAAAGUUCGUGCUCUUCGUGAGGCUUUCUACCGACAAAAUCUUCCAAAUGUGACCAACUUGCUUGCUACAGUUCUGGUCUUUCUCAUAGUUAUAUAUUUCCAAGGGUUUCGUGUUGUGUUGCCUGUGAGGUCAAAGAAUGCCCGUGGACAGCAAGGCUCUUACCCUAUCAAGUUGUUUUACACCUCUAAUAUGCCCAUAAUUUUGCAGUCAGCUCUUGUCUCCAACCUGUACUUCAUCUCCCAGUUGUUGUACAGGAGGUACAGUGGAAAUUUCCUUGUAAAUCUUCUGGGUAAAUGGAAGGAAUCCGAGUAUUCUGGUCAAUCCAUCCCUGUAGGGGGUAUAGCUUACUAUAUUACAGCACCAUCAAGCUUGGCGGAUAUGGCAGCAAAUCCAUUCCAUGCACUUUUCUAUAUAGUUUUCAUGCUCUCAGCUUGUGCACUUUUCUCCAAAACUUGGAUAGAAGUCUCUGGAUCAUCUGCAAGGGAUGUGGCCAAACAGCUUAAGGAACAACAAAUGGUAAUGCCCGGCCAUCGAGAAUCAAAUUUGCAGAAGGAACUGAACAGGUACAUCCCAACUGCAGCAGCUUUUGGUGGCAUGUGCAUUGGUGCAUUGACUGUUCUAGCAGAUUUUAUGGGCGCAAUUGGUUCUGGAACCGGAAUCCUGCUUGCUGUUACGAUCAUAUAUCAAUACUUUGAGACCUUUGAGAAGGAGAGAGCUAGCGAGCUCGGGUUCUUUGGCCUCUGAUCUGAAAGGUUUUAUACUCGAUGCUUCGUGGCCCUUACAGCUUUCAGCACAGUUUUCUUCAGUUAGUUAAUCUUAGUCACAAGUCUAGUGCUACGUAACGGAAGUGUAAGCUGUUUGCAAAUCUUCCUUCGGCCAAUCAAAGAGCAUUCUAGUCCGUAAAUGUAACACUAGUGAUGGAUAGACCAUCUACUACUUGAAUAAUAUUAUUGCCAGCUUACUUCGCUUGAA